CAGACCGAUAAGCAGACAACCUACCUUUCCGCCUUUGGGACAACCACUCCCAUCAAAGCGGAGACAAUACCAUUUAGUCAUUAUAUACAGUAUCUCUGGUUCGGGCGAGUUUCGUUGGUGACGUCUGUCGCCAGUACCCGCCCCGUUCAGUUAUCGCCUUGCUUUGCUGCAUAGACCGCGCAGGAACCUGGACCAAACGAGGCGGAAUUUCAGUUGCUUAUCCAUCAUCGAUAUGGGAAUUAUACCAUUCUUUCAGAACCAAGCUCUUAUCCCAUACUAUCUGAAACCAGUCCACUUCGAGACACAGACUAUAAAAACUGCCGGUUGAAGGAACACCAGCAGUAGAUUGUUAUUAUUGCCUUAGCCAGUACAGCAUUUACAGAAUAUGUUUCCUGCUGAUGCAGGGAUGAUAUACCACCUUGUGCGAUGAGAAGUAGCCUAACGUUUUCUCAGAACUGGAGAUGGGCAUUUUCUAAAUUGUCCUAGUUGAUUUUGGGAAAAUGCUCUGGACAAUUUUAGUGCUCUGUAUGUCUGUGGCGAGUUUGGUCUCACUCCCCCUCCCCUCAAAAUUGUGAAAGGGUCCCGCCAGGUCCCCGGCCCUCACAUCAGCGAGAACAACAUGUGCUUCUGAGCCAAACGGGGAGCAGCAGCGGAGGAGGCUGGUAUUUUAUUGUCCCGCUCCUGAUGAGAUUGCUCUGAGAAUAUUAAUACCUCCCACCCCACAUCUCUGAGAUGAAUCAGGGCGCUCCCGUUUCUCUGCUACUGUACAGUGUAGUUGGUGAGGCCUCCAGCCAGCCUCUGACACCCAGCCGAGGCACUGAGACAGAGGCCCUGUCUGCCCGCCACUACUACCACACAGACCCCAGCACAGGCAUUCAGCUGGUCUGUGACAAGUGCCCUGCGGGCACCUUUGUUUCCAGACACUGUACCCAGACCAGCGUGAGGGAUUGCAGCCGCUGUGACGAGGGCACAUUCACUCACGGAGAGAACGGGAUUCAGCAUUGCCACCACUGCAGGAGGCCCUGCCACGCCCCCCUUGUUGAAAAGGUCCCCUGCACGGCCACCUCGGACCGGAUCUGCACCUGCCCUCCGGACACCUUCACCCAGGGGGACAGCUGCACGGCCCACACCCUGUGCCCUGUGGGCUCAGGGGUUAAGAAGAGGGGCAACGAUGUGGAGGAUGUGCGCUGCAAGGCGUGCGCACGGGGGAGUUUCUCUGAUAUGGCCUCCAGUGUGUUGAGGUGCAGGACACACACAGACUGCCUGACCCACGGUCUGCCCCUACUGACGACGGGCACUAGAGAGACAGACAACAUCUGUGGACCUGCUUCUCCCACCUCCCCCACCCUCUUGGGACCUGCACAGUCUGCCUUCAUCCAGGAACCCUCCUCUUCCUCCUCCUCAGCUGGCCCAGUACGUAAAGACAACUUCAGACUGACAGCAGGUGCUGAGGACUUAGAGCUCUUACUGAGUGCCACAGGGUUUCUACCCAGCCAUGGCCAGGAUUCCCCCCCAACAGGCUCCUCCGAAGCCAGCCCCGAAGACAAUGGAGAGGUCCUGAACCUAGCCGCUACGCCUGAAGCCCAGGACUCCACACGGACUCUACCACACCACAAGUACUCUGUUCCCAGUGAUAACCACCGCACCCACCCGGCGGCCAACAACCGGGUCAUGGAUGGCAUGGAGGAUGGAGCUGGUGUGGGAGUGGGUAGAUGGGUGCAGAGCUCAGGGUACAGGCCAACGCGGAGGGGCUCCCCCAGACCCAGCACUCAUACGCACUUUGACAUCAAUGAGCACCUGCCCUGGAUGAUCGUUCUGUUGCUGCUGCUGGUGCUGGUGGUGAUCGUGGUGUGCAGCGUGAAGAGGAGCUCCAGAGUUCUGAAGAAGGGUCCAGUCCAGGACCCCAGCAGCAUCAUUGAGAAGGCAAUCCAGAAGAAGACCUGCCCCCCGACACAGACCAAGGAGAAGUGGAUCUACUACUCUAACGGACAGGGUGUGGACAUCCUGAAGUUGGUGGCAGCUCAGAUUGGCAGCCACUGGAUUGACAUGUACCAAUCCCUGGCCAAUGCCACGGAGCGUGAAGUGGCAGCAUUCUCCAACGGCUACCAGUCGGACCACGAGCGUGCAUACGCUGCCCUGCAGCACUGGACCAUCCGCGAUGGGGACGCCAACUUGGCUAAGCUCAUCAACGCCCUGCACCGCCACCGCCGUAUAGACGUGGUGGAGAAGAUACGGGGCAUCAUGGAAGACAAUCCUCAGUUUAAUCUGAACCAGCUGAUGACUGUGAAUGUAACCCCAAGCCACAGUCCUGUCCACAAGUCGUUGGAGUCUCCUGGGGUGGUGGUGGAGCAGUCUCCUGUGGACCGGACCAAGGGCUUCUUCCCCGACGAAUCAGAGCCUCUGCUCCGCUGUGACUCCACCUCCAGCAAAGACUCCGCCCUCAGCAGGAACGGCUCAUUCAUCACCAAAGAGAAGAAAGACACGGUGCUACGUCAGGUCCGGCUGGAUCGGUGUGACCUGCAGCCCAUCUUCGACGACAUGCUGCACAUCCUAAACCUUGACGAGCUGCAUGUCAUCGAGGCCAUCCCCAUGGCAGAGGACAAACUGGACCGCCUCUUCGAGAUUGCCGGGGUCAAGAGCCAGGAGGCCAGUCAGACCCUGCUGGACUCGGUCUACAGCCACCUGCCUGACCUCCUAUAGGCACACUGCUGUGGUGCUACAGACCUAUACUGUGGUCAGGGGACGCCCCACUUCCUUCUGCUGCAAACCCCUCCUUUUCGGUGUGGCUACUUGGUUGUGCCCCCCCCCCCCCCCCCCAAAAUACUCUGAGGUAAGCUAGUGAGAUGCUGCUUGAUUCUGGAUAGUCGUCUACACGCCUUCAUGACUGCCAAUCGGCUAUCCUCCAUUCCUAGCAGCCUGACUUAAUCCCCUACUAAUACCAGGGUCAGGGAGCCUCCCUUUUUUCCAUCUUUAUUUAACCAGGUAGACUAGUUGAGAACAAGUUCUCAUUUACAACUGCGACCUGGCAGUUGUAAAUUCUCUCUCUUCUCUCUCUAUGAUCCUGCACACUCUCACCCCCAGGCCAGACCAGACAGCCACAUGCCUGACCUCUUGAAGUCUCCUUCCAUCACUCCCCCCCCCAACACACACACACACACACACACAGCCCCCCAUGGUGAGCCUGCCUGCCUGCCUGGAGGAAGGGCAGGACAGAGUGGCCAGCCUGAAGUUCUGGGCAGACAUAGCACCACCAUCACCACUAUGCUUAUUAAACCAUAGCUAUUGCCCUUGUGUCAAUGUAGCAUUAAACAAGUGUUCUCUUUACAUUUUUGAAAUUAUAAACCCAUAUUCAUGCAAGCAAACUUCAACAACACACUCUCAUGCACAAUGUCUAUAAAUGUCAAACAUCCCACAUGAAGAAAUACUAUAGUCUGCACUAUGGUAGGACUACUACAGUAUUCACUGUAGUGUUUUUGCUAACUUUACUGUAGUAUUUACUAUAGUAUACUGUAGUAUUUACAGUUUACUAUAGUAUAAAUACUGUAGUAAAAACAAGCAGUAGUGUAUACUAUAUUAAUUAAGGUAAUGUUUUUGCAGACUGUAGUAUACUGUAGUAUUUACUGUAGUGUUUUUGUUUUAUUAUCUUUGACAUAGAAGUGGGGGACAUUCUCCUUGAAGAAACCUACUGGAGAAAUACUCAGAGUACAUUUUCCAUAACCUGUAGGUAGUGCUGGGUUCUGACACGGAGAGUUCAGAGCUUCUACUCUUUUCUAUAACCAUAGGGAACACAAUAUAUGGUCUAAACUUGGCAUGUAGGUUUCAAACUUACGGGUGGCCCAAAUUGGGACUUGGGGGAGGGGAAUGGGCAGGGUACAGUAUGUACAAAUUAUAUACUGUAGUAUUUACUAUAGUUUAAAAAAAUGUUUUUGUGGACUGUAGUAUUUUUGCAGACUUUUUUGUACUAUUUACUAGUGUUUUUUUGUGGAUAAUACUGUAGUAUUUACUAUAGUAUUCUACAGUACUACAAAAUUCUAUACUAAGUCCUACACAUGAUCGAGGGAUACUACAGAGUAUACUGUUGUAUAGUAUACUACAGUUUACUACAUACUUCUAUAUACUGUAGUAUUCUAGAAUAAACUGUAGUAUUUUUUUAUGAGGGACACCACGACACACACUCAUGAUGCACAAUGUCUUACACUAAUAGUAUGUAAUAUGAUUGAUGCACUAAUUCUUGUUCUUAAUCAUAACAUAACCAUUUCAUCUGUAUGCAUUCUGCCAUAUGUGCUUCAAUGUCUCUUUGAAAUGCUGUUUACUUACAUGUCACACUUAUAUUUUUUUUCAACAUUUAGUUUGAGUAUUAUCAUUUGUAGUUUUUUAGCUUUUUGAUUUCUUAGCAACUAUUAUUUGUCUUGAUUUCAAUGGCAUUCUAAUAUGUCCCAGCUUGGUGUAAUGAGACCAUCUUACUGGAUGUAAGAUAUGCAUAGUUGCUCCAUAUUCUACUUGAAUCUGACAGUCAUCUUCUGGAUUGUGGUACUUGAUUAAAAAAUAACAAUGUACAACUAUAGUUCCUUUUAAAUUCAACAUCUUUAAAAAAAAUUAAAAAAGCACCAAAAACAUGUUGCUGUGAAGUGCCAGUAUUCAACUCGCAGAUGUUAGGAAAGGAACACAGACGGACUUUUUGCCAAGCCAAUCGUAUCAAGCUAUUCUGGUGCUAGACUUGAAUAGUUGGGCAUAAUACCAGGAUGAUAUGGGCGGCUUUCAGGACAAUCGCUACUAAAGUAUUCUGGGGUAAAAUAGAUGCAGCUGCUCUGGACAUUGUUGGACAGAAUUGAAGUGUUGUUCGAGCUGUCCACAUCGCUGUUGGGUCUAAUGUAGGUGUGUGAAGGUAAGCAUGUAGAACGAGUCUGAAACAUUGAAGUUGAGCUAUACUGUACAUGUACUCUGGUGGCUGUUUUUAAACAUAACACGUGUAACCAGUACAUUUACUAUUAUGUAAAAAUCUUAAAUCAACCAAUUAAAGUUCAAACGUUUGUCAUAAUGUGGAGUGUGUGUCAUACUUACUGUAUCUCUCUUUCAGCAAGAAUUUGUUACAGUAAACAUGUUUCCAUGUAACCUUUUUAUGGUAGUUAUAACGACACAAGGCGACUCAGAUGCAGAUGGUUUGAGUUGAUCUUUAUUAUAGUCCAAGGGGUAGGCAAAAGACAGGUCGGGGACAGGCAAGAGUUCAUAGCCAGGGCAGAUUCCAUAACGGUACAGGGCGGCAGGCAGGCUCGAGGGCAGGGGCAGGCAGAAUGGUCAGGCAGGCGGUCUCAGAGUCAGGACAGGCAAGUGUCAGAACCAGGAGGACGAGAAAAAGAGAGACGGGAAAAAACAGGACCUAAGAGAAAAACGCUGGUUGACUUGGCAACAAGACGAACUGGCACAGACAGACAGAAAACACAGGUAUAAAUACACUGGGGAUAAUGAGGAAGAUGGAGGGGGUGGAGACAAGCACAAGAACAGGUGUGACACGAGUAAAGUACAUGUCAGAUAAAAAUGUAAUGACAAGCCUGAUGAAAACAGGAGAUUUGUUGGUAAACUUUCCAAAUGUCAACAAAAUAUGGGAUAUUUUUGUGUCAGUAAAAUGUAUUAUUUGAGAAAUUGUGGUGUAAAUGCUUUUGUGUGCAAAUAUUGAUCAAAUAUCCAUUAUAUCGAAGCAAACUUGGAGUCACGCAUUGAUACAGUAUGUUGUGAGGUCCUCCCACUAAGUCUUGGAAAACAUGCAGUUUAUUAGGCUACAGAUUAAAUAAGUUAUGAUGAACUUUACAGUGUGGUGAAAGUGCAAGGUGAUGAGCUUGAUGCUCCUUUCCAAUAAAUAUCUGUCACGCCCUGACCUUAGUAUUCUUUGUUUUCUUUAUUAUUUUGGUUAGAUCAGGGUGUGACAUGGGUGAUACAGUAUGUGUGUUUUUUGUCUCACCAGGGUGUUUGUACUGUCUAGGGUUUUUUGUAGAUUUAUGGGGUUGUUUCCAUCUUGGUGUUUAUGUAGGUCUAUGGUUGCCUAGAUCGGUUCUCAAUUAGAGGCAGGUGUUUAUCAUUGUCUCUGACUGGGAACCAUAUUUAGGCAGCCAUAUUCUUUGGGUAUUUUGUGUGUGAUUGUUUCCUGUGUCAGUGUUUGUGCCACACGGGACUGUUUCAUUUCCAUUUCACUUUGUUAUUUUGUAUUUGUGUCAUGUUCAGUCUUUUCUAUUAAAACAUGGACACUUA